UGGUGAGCAUCCUCUGAGGGCAAGGCUCUCUCACAUAUGAGAGUCAGGAACCCCUAUGCCCUGAUUUCCGCCUCUUGGUAUCAUGAACGAACGCCACUGGUACUCAUUCCGGCUUUCACCCCACAGGACAACUGGGAGACAAGUGGCACCCACCAUGCGAUUUCGACGCCUGACCCCUGGCUACUUCCGAGUGCUACAGAUGCAGAUAGCCGGGGAGCUGAAGGCAGAGCCCCGGAGUCCGCUGGCGGGGAUUGUGGCUGCAGUGCUGGCUGUCCUCGGGCUGGGCGGCUCCUGCUAUGCUGUCUGGAAGAUGGUGGGGCAGCGGCGGCCGCCACAGGCUCCAUGA